AUGUCGCUGGGCACCGGGGACCCGGCCUCGGAGACGGGAGAUGACAGUCUGUCUGCGGUUACCUUCGACUCCGACUGCGAGACGAAAACAAAGAGGAAAAGUGCCCACAAACCUCCACCCACCUCGCCCAAGUCGCCGUACUACUGCAAGCCGAGGACCCCGGCCUGCGGGCGGCCCCUGCGGACGGCAGGGAGCAUGCCCCUGGGGAGCAGGACGGCGCUGACGCCGCAGAGGCUGUGGCUGGGAGGUGCCAAGCAAGGUCACUCCCCGGGGACGCCGGUCUAUAGAGAAAAGGAGGACAUGUAUGACGAGAUCAUGGACUUGAAGAAGUCACUGCACAUUCAGAGAAGCGACGCGGACCUGCUGAGGACAAAGCUCCGGCGCCUGGAGGAGGAGAACAGCCGGAAGGACCGGCAGAUCGAGCAGCUGCUGGACCCGGCCCGGGGCCCGGACUCCGUGUGGACACUGGGGGAGAGGAGACCUGAUGCCGGCUGGGUCAUCAACGGGCUGAAGCAGAGGGUCCUGCGGCUGGAGCAGCAGUGCAAGGACAAGGACAGCACCAUCAGCAAGCUGCAGACGGACAUGAAGACCACCAGCCUGGAGGAGAUGCGGGUUGUCAUGGACACGUACUACGAGGAGAUCCACCGCCUCCAGAUGCUGCUGGCGAACUCGGAGACGCCGGGACGCAAGCCCGUGAUGGAGCGGAAGGCCGGCCUGCGGCGGCAGAGGAAGCUGAGCGGCGCGCUGCUGAGCCUGUCGCGCAGCGUGCAGGAGCUCACCGAGGAGAACCAGAGCCUCAAGGAGGACCUGGACCGCGUGCUCAGCAGCUCGCCCACCGUCGCCCGGACCAAGGGGUGUGCGGAGUGGAGCAAGUCCCGGCUGCUGCGCCGGAUCGCGGAGCUGGAGAAGAAGAUCAGUUCGAUGGAAAGCUCCAAACCGCAGACCCCAGACGGGGUCUGGCCGGACCCCCUGGCGCUCUCCGCGUCCGGCACGUGGGGGCACCAGCAGCCGGGCCCUGAGCCCCCGGAGGACGGCGGGCGCCAGGACGACGGCGAGCGUCUCCGCGGCGCCCUGCGGAGCCUCAAGGGCGAGCGGAAGGCCCUGCAGGCCCAGCUGCAGGACAGAGACCUGGAGGUGAGGCAGCUGCUCCAGGCCAAGGCCGACCUGGAGGCGGAGCUGGGGGAGCUGCGGCGAGGAGAGGAGGAGAGGCGAGUGCGGGAGGCGGCUCUGAGAGAGGAGAUGGAAGCGCUGGCCAGGAGGUGUCAGGAGCUGGAGGCAGCCAAGGAGGAAGAGGAAGUCGGCCCCGCGGAGGGGACCCCCGAGGCCCCGGAGGAGCCCCGGCCCGCGGGCAGUCCCCCUCAACAGGACCCGGAGCCUGGCGCCAGCGAGGACAGCCCGGCCCCGCCCUGCGCCUGCUCGGAGCAGCGGAGACACGCGGCUGCCAGCAUCCUGCAGGCCCGGUGGAAGGCGUACAGGCGCCAGAAGAGAGAGGCCGCGCUGGACAAGGCGGCUGCGGUGCUGCAGGCGGCCUUCCGGGGACACCUGGCUCGGGCGAGGCUCUUGGCGAGCCCAGCGUGUGGUCCCGGACCUCCCAGUGCGCCCGGCCUCCCCAGCCAGAGCCCGCCCUCCCCCAGCCCUCCGAGCCCCGUGGUCCAGGCCGAGGGCGACCCCCGGCAGGAGGCGGCCGUCAUCCUCAUCCAGUCGGUCUUCCGGGCGCACCUGGCGCGGGUCAGGCCCAGUCCCGGGGCGCUCCCUGCCGCCGCCACCAGGACGCCUGCCCCGGCCGCACUCAGCACGCCCUCCUCGCCUGCCCCCGCCGCAGCACCUGCCGGUGAGUCACGUCAUCGCGUGUCGGUGCCAGGGCCACAGCCCACCCCCCAGAGCACAGGCCACGGAGCGCAUGAGGGCCCGAUUCCUGCACCUGCAGACUGA